AUUUAAGAACGUCACCUCGCCUCGGCUGACCAAAGAGCAUCUGAAUCCUAUCACAUUAUAUUAUCAAAGAUCAUUUCCCCCUGCGAUCGGAUGUCGCAUCUGGAAAUGGCGCUGCAAUAUUUGUCGUGGAAAUAUGUCGCCGCAGUCCUCGUAGCCAUCUAUAUCGCAUCCGUACAAAUUAGGAGGUAUGUGUCCGCGAAGGGAAUCCAGAAACUAGGAGGGGAAUCUCCUAGGAUUAAAACACGAGUCUUCUACAGUCUUGAUUUUCCAUUCUGGUCCACACGCGCCAGUCGCAAUAACCGAACAGUGGAUUUUUUCGACUGGAUGUAUGAACAUACUGGCACUGAUUGCAACGGAACAGGCACAUAUACAAGCGAGCUUCAUAUACUAGAAAAUGCCAGAGUAAUCUUCACGGCCGACCCAGAGAAUAUCAAAGCCCUUCUCACCACUCAGUUUCAAGACUUUGGGAAAGGACAACAAUUUCAUGAUGAGUGGAAGGAUUUCCUAGGUGACAGCAUAUUCACUACGGAUGGACAGCUCUGGCACAACUCGCGACAAUUGCUGAGGCCAAUGUUCAUCCGCGAGAAAGUGGCCGACUUGGACCUUAUCGAGAGUCAUGUCCGCAAGCUCAUCGCACUGAUCGGACCUGGGGACGGCAAAAUGGUCGUGUUGCACAAACUAUUCUUCCGCUUCAGCCUCGAUGCGUCGACACAUUUCUUGUUUGGGCACAGCGUAGGCAGUCUGGACUCAGAGCAGUCAACUUUUGCGGCUGCCUUUGAUGAGGUACAGAGGGUGCAAAGCAUGGAGGGUCGCCUUGGGCCAUUUAAAUACUUCCAAUCGAAGAAGUCAUUCUACGAUGGUAUCAAGAUUGUCGAAAACUUUAUCGAACCCUUUAUCACAGACGCAUUAGCCAUGUCUCCCGAUGAGUUGGAGUCGAAAUUGUCAAAGUCCGACAACUUCAUUCAGGCUCUUGCACGAUUCACACGAGAUCCCAAGGUCAUGCGUGACCAGCUGUUUGCUCUGCUUCUUGCUGGGCGAGACACCACUGCCAGUACUUUGUCCUGGCUUUUCUUAGAGCUGUCUAAAAACCCUCGCGUUGUCAAGAAGUUGCGAGCAGAAAUCAACGAGGUCUUGGGUGAAGGAGGGCAGCCACCAUCAUACCAGAAUAUCAAGGAUAUGAAAUACCUCAAUUACACAAUCAACGAGACACUGCGAUUGUACCCAGUCGUCCCAUUCAACGUCCGGGCGUCGCUGAUCGAUACUUCGUUGCCACGUGGGGGAGGUCCCGAUGGUAAGGGCCCGGUUGGCUGUCUCAAGGGUACACCAGUGGGCUACAGUACGCUUCAAAUGCAGCGUCGGAGGGAUCUGUAUCCGCCGCUGUCACCAGAAUUUCCAUACGAUCCUCUUGAGUGGGUGCCAGACAGAUGGGCAACAUGGACGCCCAAGGCUUGGAAUUUCAUCCCUUUCAACGGUGGACCCAGAAUUUGUAUUGGACAACAGUUCGCCAUGGUCGAGAUGGGAUAUACGAUCGUCAGGAUUUUGCAGGAGUUUGAGCAAUUGGUAGACUAUGGCAAUGACCGAUCCAUGCACACGGACAUCAUUUUGACGCCGGCGAACGGUGUCAAAGUGGGAUUCCUUAAGCAAGCGAGGUAAGAGUGACACCCCUGCCUAGGCAUUGCCACGAGGGAUGGAAGUGAUGGUCCAUGAGGGAUAAUCCAGGAGCGUGUAUGGUGACCAUCAGCGAGCCAAAUAACAAUGAGAUUGGUUUGAUACAGUUUGCACAUCAUGACAU